AUGUCACAGGACCCCGGGCCCAUACCAAGUAGAUGGUUGAAAUGCCCUCGAAAAGCUACUGGCCUGGUAGCAGCUAAGUUUUUAGCUUUUAAAACGCCAUUGGGGCACCAGUUCAACGAGAAAGUACCCGAACAAUUUCGGUUCACACCUACGAUGUUGUUUGUAUACAUGAAAAGCUCAAAAAUGAAACUUGGUUUGUGGAUUGAUCUCACGAAUACUAGUCGAUUCUAUGACAAGAAAGAGGUUGAGGACAUGGAUUGUAAGUACGUAAAACUGCAAUGCCGUGGCCAUGGGGAGACACCAUCCCCAGAACAAACUAAGCUAUUCAUUCAACUUGUGUCAAGAUUUGUUAGCCAAAAUCCACUGGAAGUAAUUGGUGUCCACUGUACUCAUGGAUUUAACAGAACUGGCUUUCUACUGGUCUCCUAUAUGGUGGAACAACUAGAUUGCAGUGUUGAGGCUGCUAUUAAUGAAUUCGCGAAGAUGAGACCUCCUGGAAUCUACAAACAAGAUUACUUGGAAGAGCUAUACAGACGUUAUGAUGAUCCUGAGUUCACACCACCAGCUCCUCUCAGACCAGAUUGGUGCAAUGAAGAAGAGGAGGAGGAUUACGAUGAUGAUUCACCAAGUCAAUCACAAAGCAACUCAUCACAAAAUUCACCAAAUCAAAGCAGUAAACCUAAGAAAGGCAGACGGGAAACAACACACAAAAAAGCAACAUUUAUGCCAGGAGUAAGAGGUGUAGAACCAUUCAACACUCAGCCACGACUGAGUGAAAUUCAAAAGAAAGCACAACAUUUCUGCAAGUGGAAAAGGACUGGCUUUCCAGGGUCACAGCCGGUGUCAAUGGAUGUUACAAAUUUAAGGAAACUGCACGAGAAACCUUACAUGGUUUCGUGGAAAGCUGAUGGUGUAAGAUACAUGAUGUUAAUAGACGGCGAGGGCGAAGUGUACAUGUUGGACAGAGACAACUGCGUGUUUAAAGUGUUCGGCCUGCGGUUCCUGCAUAGGAUAGAUCUAAGCAGACAUUUGAAGGGCACAUUGAUAGAUGGAGAAAUGGUAAUAGACAAAGUGAAUGGAGAAGAAAUUCCAAGAUACCUUUGUUACGACAUCAUUAAAUUCGAAGGGCAGGACGUGGGCAGGAUGGCGUUCUACCCUAUCCGGUACAACUGUAUAGAAAACGAAAUUAUUAGUCCCAGGCACAGUGCGAUAGAGAAAGGCAUAAUAAAUAAGAAGCGCGAACCGUUCAGCAUACGGUUAAAACAGUUCUGGGAGCUGCCCAUGGCGCGUCAGUUGCUCGGCGAAAAAUUCGCUAAGACGUUAGUGCACGAACCCGACGGAUUGAUCUUCCAGCCUUCUAAGGAGCCGUAUGUAGCGGGACAAAGCGACGACGUGUUGAAAUGGAAGCCAAGUCAUAUGAACAGCGUGGAUUUCAAAUUAAAAAUAAUAACAGAAGGAGGAUUAGGAAUUCUCCCAAAGAAAAUCGGUCAUCUAUACGUCGGCCAACUAGACCGGCCUUUUGCGUCUAUUAAAGUGACUAAGGACAUCAAACAUCUCAACAAUAAGAUCAUAGAAUGCACCAUGGAGAAUAACCAAUGGGUCUUCAUGAGGGAACGUGUGGACAAAUCUUAUCCCAAUAGCUACACUACGGCUAUGGCCGUCUGUGAAAGUAUACGAGAUCCAGUAACGAAGGAGCGUCUCUUGGACUUCAUAGACAACUAUCGGUUCCACGAUGACACGGACAUGAUGCCGCCGCCGAAACGCGUGCGCCUCUAGCGAUCUGUCAUAUCUAUUAGGAUAAUUUUAAUUAAGGUAAUGGAUUUUGUAUGCAAGUUGAAUAGUGAGUUUUUGUAAGAACCUUUAGUUAUUUACUAAUGCCUUACACGACAUACAGGCUAUGUGUAAAUUAUGUCCACUUAUACACAAAAUAUCAGACGGUAAAUGGCAGUCACAAAGUUCCCUCGCGCUUUUUCACGAAAUCUUCGGUAAUUAAACUCUUUCCUUCUGAAAUGCAGUUUUUCCUCGGCUUCCAUACAAAAUUCAUCUCCAACAUUUAAUUUACGAAGUUAUGACGUCAUUAGGAAAACAAACACAAUUUGCUUCAUUAUCUGGCGUAAGAAACCUAACAUGAGUUUUAUUACCACCAAAAAAAAAAACUAAAUGGUCCACAUACGAAAGAACCGUCUGUUCCAAGUACCUAAGUGGAGUGCGAGUUCAAGUUUUAUUGGUUGUUUUAUCAUUGUCAUCUAAAGUUAUGCGGUACUUGUCCCGCAAGUAGUUCACGAUCUUGUCGAAGAUUGUAAAUGCUUGCUUGAGAAUUGCUUAUUAUCUAUCAUUAAUAUAUGUUACCUUAAGAGUUCUAACUUUCCAAAUUAUGUCUAAUAUGAAAUCCAACUCGUUAUUUUCAUUUCCAAUUUUGAGCUGGAACCGUUGAUCCAACCAAACUCAAUUUAAAUCGCAUUAACACACGCACUAUCACGAUCGACACGUGUGAUCAGACAAAAUCGAGUCAAUAUGUAAGCAACAGAUCGACAACGUAUUUUAUUGUCGAUCGACAUUUUAAAAUUUUAAUUAGGCGUAGGUGCCAACAAAUUUGUUCGAUUUUAACCUUUGUAUUUAUCGAUCGCCUACUUGGUGAUAGUAAAGAUCUUCAAAAAUCGAUCUAAUUUGUAGCCACCUUUAUACAUUCGCUUCUAUUGAGGUAUUUUCUUUGCUAUCCUUUAGUAAUCAUAAUAAUUAAGUUAUUGGGUAUAAACUAUUGUCUUAUUGUAUUGAUAAUGAAAUUUCGUUCCGGCGUUGUUUUACAAAAUUAUUUCGCGUACACGUACGCACGACCAUGUUUUAGAUACUCAAUAACAGCAUGUGUCACUUGUAACCAUUUACCGGUUUAUUUGAACUCUUAACUUUAUUGAGUUGCUUACGGCGUGAGGUCAGGCUGAGGCUCAAUUUACAUUGGCGCGGAUUGAAAGCUAAUUUUUGUAACAAAAUUUUCAUUAUGCUAUGUCAAAUUUUGUUACACAAUACACUAUAAAGUGUAUUUGUGUGUAUGUUUUUUGUUUGUAUCUAUAAUUCGUUUUUUGUUAAUACAACAAAGAACAAAGAAGCAGUGAUCAAACUAUUCUUUCAGACAACAAAUUACAGUUUAGUGCUUCUAUUUUCCCCAUAGAUUUAGUAUAUGUACAAAAUCUAUGAUUUUCUCAAUGUCCCUCGGCAAUCAUCGGAUUUCCGAAUGCACACGAAUAUUAAUUUCCAUGCCCAUUAAUUAUUAGAUUUAAAAC